CAAGCGGCAGCUGUGGCGGUAUAGGGGACGGUGGGUGAAUGGUCGUGGCUAGUGGGGGUGGGGGAAGUGCGCUCGUGAGUAAGUGUGUGUGUGUGUGUAAGUCUGAGUGUAUGCCCACCCGGCACGGCACUGACCGUAUGCCGUAACCCGGCGCAGCAGAGGCGGCUACUGUCCCCCGAGGUUCGGCGCUCGGACGCCAGCAGCGGGAUGUUCUCCCGGAGGAGCCAUGGGGAUGUCAAGAAAUCGACCCAGAAAGUGCUGGACCCGAAGAAGGACGUGUUGACCCGCCUAAAGCACCUUCGAGCGCUGCUAGAUAUUGUAGAUACGAGUGAAUUGAAAAAUUUUUUUGAGACCAACUAUUCUCAGAUAUAUUUCAUCUUCUAUGAAAAUUUCAUAACACUGGAAAAUAAUUUAAAAUUAAAAGGAAAUAAUAAGUCACAAAGGGAGGAGCUGGACUCAAUCCUCUUUCUUUUUGAAAAAAUCUUGCAACUACUACCUGAAAGGAUUUUUUUCCGAUGGCAUUACCACAGUAUAGGAUCAACUCUAAAGAAGCUUUUGCACACUGGAAAUUCCAUUAAGAUAAGAUGUGAAGGGAUCCGGCUCUAUCUUCUAUGGCUUCAAGCACUUCAAACAAAUUGUGCAGAAGAGCAGGUGCUAAUUUUUGCCUGCCUUGUCCCUGGAUUUCCAGCAAUUAUGUCAUCAAGAGGUCCCUGUACACUUGAUACACUUAUAAAUCCUACUCCUUUUUCAUCAGAUACAAAGAUAUAUCCUGAAGAAAUAACCCCACUCUUGCCAGCUGUCUCAGGUGAAAAAAUUGGUGAUGAUCAAACCUGCUUUUUUCUUCAAGUAUUAUUGAGAUACAUGGUUAUUCAGGCUGCAAGCUUGGAAUGGAAGAAUAAGGAGAACCAAGACACUGGGUUUAAAUUUCUCUUUACUUUGUUUCGAAAGUAUUAUCUUCCCCAUUUGUUUCCGUCAUUUACAAAAUUAACCAACCUCUACAAGCCUGUCCUGGACAUCCCCCAUUCAAGACCAAAACCAGUAUAUGUUACUGCAACUCGAAACAAUGAAAAUACUUAUAGCACAAAAAUUCCAUAUAUGGCAGCUCGUGUUGCUUUUAUUAAGUGGAUUGUAACAUUUUUUCUGGAAAAGAAAUACCUAACUACAACUCAGAAUACUAAAAAUGGAGGAGAAGUAUUGCCUAAAAUCAUCCAGAAUGUUGGUGGAAUGGUACAAGAGAAAACCUCUGAGUUGGAAGUUAGUGGGCCAUCUGAACAGGACAAAAAUCAUUCUAAUAGCAGUACUUUGUCUGAUCGGAGACUCAGUAAUUCCAGCCUUUGUAGCAUUGAAGAAGAACAUCGAACUGUAUAUGAAAUGGUUCAGCGAAUUCUCUUGUCCACUCGAGGCUAUGUCAAUUUUAUCAAUGAAAUAUUUCGUCAGGCAUUUUUGUUACCAUCCUGUGACAUAUCUGUAACAAGAAAAGUGGUCAAAGUAUAUAGAAAGUGGAUACUACAGGACAAACCUUUGUUCAUGGAGGAACCUGAUAAAAAAGACAUUAUUCAAGAUGACGAUGCAAAUUUGGGAUUUUCAGUGACAGAGACAGAUAAUAAACAGGCCACAACUGAACAUUCUGGUCACAAACGAUCUUCAAGCUGGGGACGAACUUACUCUUUUACUAGUGCUGUUAGCAGAGGCUGUAUAUUAGAAGAUGAUAAUAAGAAUAUUAAAGCUGGUGUACAAGCUACACUACAGGUGUUUUUGACAAAUUCUGCCAAUGUCUUUUUAUUGGAGCCAUGUGCUGAAGUUCCCAUACUUUUGAAAGAGCAAGUUGAUGCCUGUAAAGCUGUUUUAAGUAUUUUUAGGCGCAUGAUAAUGGAACUUGCAAUGAACAAAAAGACAUGGGAGCAGAUGUUGCAAAUACUACUCAGGAUAACAGAAGCUGUCAUGCAGAAGCCAAAGGAUAACCAAAUAAAGGACUUGUUUGCCCAGAGCUUGGCAGGGUUACUGUUUAGGACACUUAUUGUAGCCUGGAUCAGAGCAAAUCUGUGUGUUUACAUUUCUCGAGAACUUUGGGAUGAUUUUCUUAGUGUGCUGUCUUCUCUAACUGAUUGGGAGGAGCUCAUAAAUGAGUGGGCCAAUAUCAUGGAUUCUUUAACAGCAGUACUGGCCAGAACAGUUUAUGGAGUUGAAAUGACAAAUCUGCCAUUGGAUAAAUUGAGUGAACAAAAAGAAAAGAAACAAAGAGGCAAAGGUUGUAUUUCAGAUUCACAGAAAGCUAAUGCAGUAGGGAGAUCAUUUUCUUUGAGUUGGAGAAGCCAUCCUGAUGUUGCAGAACCAAUGAGAUUUAGAAGUGCUACUACCUCUGGAGCUCCAGGAGUUGAAAAAGCAAGGAAUAUAGUCCGUCAAAAAGCAACUGAAGUUGAAGAAUGUCAACAAUCAGAAAAUGUAAUGGGAAGUGAAUCUGGCUGCCUGUUGGUUGAUCAGGAACAACAUAUACCUCGUAGUAGUAGUACUUCUGAUAUAACUGACCAGUUAUAUUCUGAUUCUUAUCAAGGUAAAAAAAUAGAGAAUUCACAGUAUUUGAGUUCUUCAGACCCCAGGCAAAUUCAGGAGAUUAAAGGACAUUUAAAGAAAGAACAUGAAGGACCAGCAGUUUUAGUGCGAAGAAGUAGCAGCGCAGCUGAAAUAGAUCUAAAAGAUGAUUUGCAGCAGACAGAAGGAAAAUGUAGAGAAAGGCAAAAAAGUGAAAGUGUUAGCAGUGACACAUCUCUGGGCUAUAAUAAUGAGGUAGAGAUAACAUUGAAUCCAUGGCAUCCAUUUGAAGAAGAUCAAGAACUGAAUACACCAACUGAUAUUACUGUUGACUCAGAUGCUAGACAUUGGUUACAGCUGAGCCCCACGGAUGCUGCUAAUUUAACAGAUAGCAGUGAGUGCCUGGCUGAUGACUGCAGUAUUAUUGCUGGUGGAAAUCUCAUAGGUUGGCAUCCAGAUUCUGCUGCUGUGCUGUGGAGAAGAAUCUUGGGAAUCCUUGGAGAUGUGAAUAACAUCCAGUCACCCAAGAUCCAUGCCAAAGUAUUUGGCUAUCUCUAUGAACUCUGGUAUAAAUUAGCAAAGAUACGGGAUAACCUGGCAAUAAGUUUGGAUAACCAGACUUCUCCAUCUCCUCCUAUCUUGAUCCCACCACUCCGAAUGUUUGCAUCAUGGCUGUUUAAGGCCACCACAUUGCCAAAUGAAUAUAAAGAAGGUAAACUGCAAGCAUAUAAGUUAAUCUGUGCUAUGAUGACCAGACGCCAAGAUGUUUUGCCAAACUCUGAUUUCCUAGUGCAUUUUUAUCUUGUUAUGCACAUUGGCUUAACUAGUGAAGAUCAGGAUAUCUUAAAUACAGUUAUAAAGCAUUGUCCUUCCCGUUUUUUCUUCUUGGGUUUACCUGGCUUUACAAUGCUGAUAGGAGACUUCAUCACUGCUGCAUCCAGAGUUCUCAGUACAGACAUGUUGGCGGCCCCACGUUCAGAAGCGCACACCAUUUUGGGUUCUCUUGUUUGCUUUCCCAACAUUUACCCCAAAAUUCCAUUACUUCAGUCAGUUCCUGAAAUUGAUGAAGUCAUCACUGGAUCUGAAGAUAUUAAAAAUUACCUCAUAAAUAUUUUACUGAAGAAUGCAACAGAUGAGCCAUGUGAAGGUGCAAGAUGUAUUUCUGUAUGCUGCCUUGGACUUUGGAUAUGUGAAGAGCUCAUUCAGUAUACAAACCAUCCAAAAGUAAAGCCUGCAAUCAAUGUUCUAGGUGUAACUUUAAAGUUUCCUAAUAAGGUAGUGGCUCAGGUAGCUUGUGAUAUCCUUCAGUUGCUCGUUUCCUAUUGGGAAAAGCUUCAGAAGUAUGACAACUCUCUGCCACGGAAAAUUACUGAAAUUCUUGUGGCCACGAUUGCAUUUCUUUUGCCAAGUGCUGAAUAUUCUUCAGUAGAAACAGAUAAGAAGUUUAUUGUUUCUCUUUUACUCUGUUUAUUGGAUUGGUGCAUGGCCUUGCCAAUGAAAACCCUCAUGCAUCAAGUAUCUACUGUUCUUGAAGAUCAUCAUUCAUCUCGAGCCCCCUUACUAGAUUACAUUUAUAGGGUUUUGCACUGUUGUGUUUCUGGCUCAAGCACAUACACUCAACAAAGUCAUUACACAUUGACUCUGGCUGACCUUUCAUCUUCCGAUUAUGAUCCUUUUUUGCCACUGGCAAAUGUCCGGAAUUCUGAGCCUGUACAGUACCAUUCCUCAGCAGAACUGGGGAACCUUCUUACAGUUGCUGAAGAAAAACGGAGGAGAAGUUUGGAAUUAAUCCCUCUGACUGCCCGUAUGGUGAUGACACAUCUAGUAAACCACUUGAGUCACUAUCCACUCAGUGCAGGCCCUGCCAUUCUUCACAGCCUUGUUAGUGAAAAUCAUGACAAUGCAUACUUUGAGUCACCUGAGCUCUCUUCUGAAGUCUUCAGAAGUCCAAACCUACAGUUGUUUGUAUUUAAUGACAAUACCCUUAUGUCUUAUCUUCAAAUUCCUACAGAAAGAGCAGAAGAGAGACCAUCAGGCCCACUCUCUGAUGUCAGGCUUAUUGUGAGAGAUAUCUCUGGAAAAUAUUCUUGGGAUAGCAAAAUAUUAUAUGGACCUUUGGAAGGCUGCUUUACACAAAACAGAACGAAUAAUUCAUUUGUGAUUUCUGACAGUAGACAGCAGACAUUUGAACCUGAGAAAGAGUUUUCUCAAAUUGAAGAAGUAGAUGAUGUGCUUGACAAAUUACUUGAAAAUAUUGGCAAUGCCAGCCCUGAAUGUCUUUUGCCAUCCCAGAUAAACCUAAAUGUUCCUUCACCAUCCCCAUUUGGAAUGAGUCAAUGUCAAGAAAAAGAGAUCAUCAAAGCAAUAUUAUAUCAGAAUGCCCAAGAAGAAGAAUAUGUACAUAGGUGCAGGUCUGAUGUUACAAUGAAUGUUCCCAGUGAAGAACAGCCUGUUCCUUCUGAGCCACAAGGUCCAUUUUAUUUCUGUAGAUUACUGCUGAAUGACUUAGGAAUGAAUUCUUGGGACAGAAGAAAAAAUUUUCAUCUGCUGAAGAAAAAUUCUAAAUUGUUGAGAGAGUUAAAAAAUUUGGACUCACGUCAGUGUCGUGAAACACACAAGAUUGCAGUGUUUUACAUUGCUGAAGGACAAGAAGACAAGUGCUCAAUACUGUCAAAUGCAAGAGGAAGUCAGGCAUAUGAAGACUUUGUUGCUGGGCUUGGUUGGGAGGUUGACCUUUCAUCACACUGCGGAUUUAUGGGUGGCCUGCAGCGAAAUGGCAGUACAGGACAAACAGCACCAUACUACGCUACCUCUACUGUGGAAGUGAUUUUCCAUGUCUCCACUAGAAUGCCUUCUGAUUCAGAUGAUUCUCUUACCAAAAAGCUUCGUCACUUGGGAAAUGACGAGGUUCACAUCGUCUGGUCUGAACACACCAGGAACUACCGCAGGGGUAUUAUACCAACAGAUUUUGGAGAUGUUUUAAUUAUUAUUUAUCCAAUGAAGAAUCACAUGUUCUUCAUCGAGAUAAUGAAGAAACCAGAGAUUCCAUUUUUUGGACCUUUGUUUGAUGGAGCAAUAGUGACUGCACAGUUGCUGCCAAGCCUUAUAUGUGCCACAUGUAUCAAUGCCAGCAGGGCUGUGAAGUCUCUUAUACCCCUCUACCAGAGCUUUUAUGAAGAACGAGCUCUGUAUCUUGAAGCAAUAAUCCAGAAUCACAGAGAAGUAAUGACAUUUGAGGAUUUCGCAGCUCAAGUCUUUUCUCCCUCUCCUAGUUACUCCCUCAGUGGAACGGAUUAGAAUAUGUAAAGGUCUCGGCCCCGUAGCUGGCCAAGAGAGUCUCUCCACCAGUGUGAGUGCCGACCUUCCUGUUUCUGGCGGGACAGAGCCGGCUGCUCAGACGUCUCCCUCACUUCCUCGCG